AUGGUUAAGCUCAAUUGUCUUGCUGAUGUUUGCUUGAUUCCUAUUGGAACCCCAACACCAUCUGUGUCCGACUAUGUCGUAGCUGUUGAAAAGCUCGUCCGUGAAAGCGGUCUAGACAGCACCCUUCACAGUGCUGGAACUACGAUUGCAGAGGGACCAUGGGAUGAAGUUAUGGCUCUCAUUGGAAAGAUGCACGAAGAGGUGCACUCCAUGGGUAUCUUCAGAGUCCAAAGCGACAUCAGAGUCGGCACUAGGACUGAUAAAAAACAGACCGCUGAGGACAAAGUCAGAGUUGUGGAGGAAAAGCUACUCAAAGCUAAGAACUGA